AUGUCUGUUACUACCGCGCUUCCAUUUGGGAAUAGCAGGCCCCCGACUGCGGGCAGCAACGCCAACGCCAGUGGGACAGACUGCCAGUGGGACUCAUUAUUAUUGCUGUCUAGGGACCUUGAAUUUGCAUCAACCCGCGGAAGGAACAGAUCGUCGGUGGACGAUCUGAUGGAGUUGCGGGCUUCUGAAACGGUGUCAGAGAAAGUUGAGCUCCGUCGCAAUCUCGCUACGCCUGGAGAAGGUUCAGCACGAAGUUCUCGGCUCAGGCAUCGUGAGAAAGUCUCGUUGGAAACUGGAAUGUUACCUGUCAAAGGCAAGAGGGGCAGCCCAGGAUGCAUGGUUAAAGACGUCAAGCUACUCGAACAAAGUGUCACCAGGCUUCCAUGUCGCGGCGAUCUUGGUGGCAUGGGCGCAAUCAAGUUCUUGGAAAUACUCAUCCCCAGAACUUUAUUUCAGUUGCUAUUCUGGACUUCCUUAUGGCAGGCAGCUGACGACUUCGAUCUUGUGGUUACUUGGAGCAUGAAUCAAAGUCGCCAACACCUCUGCAAGCUACAACCUAGCAAAGUUGCUAUUGACGCAGUAACUAACGAUUUCGUUUGUUCUAUGAGAGCUCGAUUGGCAGAAUACGAAAAGUUUCUGGGCUCCAUGCCCUUGUUGGCUGAUGUGUGGGGAUUUUCGCUGCAAUUGUGUUCCAGCGGCUACCGCGCUGUUUGCUUCCCGUUAUUCAGGACCACUUUGGUAGCCCUACGAGUCGACGGAAAUACGCUACCCCGCUCGAAAACCUAUUCUAGUGGCUAUAGUGAAAGUGAUCGUGAGAACCAACAGGCCAGUGUUGUUUGUUCUAUGCGUGAAGGAAUCAUUAUUGAUACCAGAAAAGCGGAUGGUGUCAAGCACGCGUGGUAG